AUGGCUCACCCGGGGAGAAGAGGCUACGAUAACCGGGAGAUAGUGCUGAAGUACAUCCAUUAUAAACUUUCACAGAGGGGAUACGACUGGGCUGCCGGCGAGGACAGAACGCCCCUGCCUCCAGGUCUCUCUUCUCCGGCUGCUGCUGCUGCAGUCGCUGCUGCUGGGACCUCCUCUGAUCACACUGGGCCGGUGUCUCCGCACCCCGAGCCCACCGGCCUGGCUGCUGCUAGCCAUGUGGCCCCGGCUGAGGGGCUGCACCCUGCGCCCCAGGUCGUCCACCUUGCCCUGCGCCAGGCGGGGGACGAAUUCUCCCGCCGGUACCAGAGGGACUUCGCCCAGAUGUCUGGCCAGCUGCACCUGACGCCCUUCACGGCCAGGGGCCGCUUUGUGGUGGCCUUCUUCGAGUUCGGAGGUGUGAUGUGUGUGGAGAGCGUCAACCGGGAGAUGUCUCCCCUUGUAGACAGCAUCGUCUCCUGGAUGACCGAGUACCUGAACCGGCACCUGCACAACUGGAUCCAGGACAAUGGAGGCUGGGAUGCCUUCGUAGAGUUGUAUGGCAACAGUAUGAGGCCUUUGUUUGAUUUCUCCUGGAUCUCUCUGAAGACCAUCCUGAGUCUGGUUCUGGUGGGAGCUUGCAUCACUCUUGGCGCUUAUCUUGGACAUAAGUAGAGUCGUCCAGUUUAUCGUGAAUUACAAAAGUCUUUCAAAACAACAAAAUAUUUUUUUUUCUGUAGCACAAUGAUAUUUUAUGAGCAAAACAACUUCCCAGCUAAAGAUUAAAUCAGCUAUUACUGCCAAAGGAAAUAUCAUUUAUUUUUACAUUGCAGGAAAAUUAUUUAUUAAAAGAUAUUUACAUUUUAACCUGCUAUUUUCAGAAACUCUGCAAGUUGUAUCUGUCAUCAUCACAUCAUGUUGUUAUUCUUAACUUUAAUGAGCUCCAAAGUCUUUUACGUUGUUUUUUUAAUUAAUGCAGCUGGCUGGAUUAUUUUAUCUCUGAAGAGCAAACAUACUGACAAAGACCUACCUGCUUACACUUACAAGGACAGUUACUUGAGCUGCUAAAGGCUGCAUAAUUGUGUUGAUUUUCCUUUCAAUUUCUGGAUGGCUGGGAGGGAUCUGAAAGACAAGGUCAGUGUGAACAGAAUUCUCACCCUGUCCUGCUGGCAAGAACUGAUGGAGUAAAUGAUUCAACAUGGUACGUACGUGGAGUCA